AACGUUUAAUGAAAGUAAAAAAAAAGUAACAAUUGCGAAGAAUGUCAAAAUUAUGCAUUAUUAUGUUUGCGCGAAAACGAUCAACUUGGCCUACUUUUGCAUCAUUCAUCGUCAUAUUGCGAAUCAACAAGUCUACUCGUUCAUAGGAAGUUUGCCUACCAAAUUGCAAUCUCAAGUCAGCUGUAGAGAGUUAUCGUAUGAGUUUAGGCAACAUUGACUGAAGUACAUUCGAUAAGUAUUACAAUUUGAUGCGUUAGAAAAAAGAAAAAUGAUUCUACAUAGAUUAAAUUUAUCGCACAUGUAAAUUUUUAUUGGGUCGACUUGCGAAGUGAUUCAUUCAUUCAUGUUCUCAUUGUUCUGUACCGUACCCACGUUUGCAUAUUUUAUCCUGUUUUUUCGGCCCAAAGCUGUAUUUUUUACUUGCAUGGACAGCAGAAUGAUCCCUUCAAGAUUCACCGAAACUAACGUCGGCGAUAUGUUUAUUGUGAGAAACGCGGGAAAUAUUAUUCCACAUUCGCAGCAUUUCUUGGAUGAACUAACAACAAAUGAGCCAGCUGCUUUGGAACUGGCCUGCGUUGUUAAUGAUAUUAGACACAUUAUUGUUUGCGGGCAUUCCGAUUGCAAGGCAAUGAAUUUGCUUUAUCGUUUAAGAGACGAAGAAUUUGCAAGCAAAGACAAUAGACGAAUUUCUCCUCUUCGUGCGUGGUUGUGCACUCAUGCCAUGUCGUCGUUAGAUAAAUAUCGGCAAUUAGAAUUAGCUGGAUUCGAAUCGCCAUUAAUUUUUCAAUCGGAAACACCUAUGAGGAAAGUUGUAGCUUAUAUUGAUCCAGAAAAUAAAUUCACCAUAGAAGAUAAACUAUCUCAAGUUAACUGCCUGCAACAAAUGCAAAACAUAGCUAGCUACGGUUUUCUGAAAAAGAGGCUGGAAACGCACGAUUUACACAUUCACGCUUUAUGGUUCGAUAUUUAUACCGGUGAUAUUUAUUAUUUUAGUAGACAACGCAAACGAUUCGUCGAAAUAAACGAAAAUACGUUGCCAUCGUUAAACGAAGAAGUACUGAAAUACUAUUCGUAAUUUUUUUCAAAAAAUUGUAAAUAUUGUGAAUUUGUGAUACAUUUAAACGCAAGUCUGAAUACCUAAUCAAGGAUUGUUGUAUCAAAAAUCUACUUAUAAAUAUGUACUUAUUAAAUUUAAUUAAGUUUUUGUUUCCA